CACUUCUUGGAAUCUUAACAUUCCUUUUGAAUUUUCUAAGUAAUAUUGAAAUUUUAUCAUAAGAUAUGGUUUUCAAUAAUAGCCACUUCAUAAUUAUUCUACUUGUGACAUUGAUAAUUUAUCCUGCAAUUUGCUAUGGCCAAGAAGCCAAUUCACUCUACACUAGAGCUACUUAUUAUGGCAGCCCUGAUUGCUAUGGAACCGCUAGUGGAGCAUGUGGAUUUGGUGAAUAUGGAAGGACAAUUUAUGAUGGCAAAGUGAGUGGUGUCUCUAGGCUCUACAAGAAUGGAACUGGCUGUGGUGCUUGCUACCAGGUUAGGUGCAAGGUACCAGGUCAUUGCACAGAUGAAGGUACAAAAAUAGUAGUGACAGAUUGUGGUGAAGGUGACCAUACAGAUUUUAUACUAAGUGUACGUGCUUAUUCAGACAUGGCUACCUCAGGAAUGGCUAAUCAUUUGUUAGCCUAUGGAGUUGUUGACGUUGAAUAUCGAAGGAUACCUUGUAGGUACUAUGGUUACAAUUUAAUGAUUAAAGUUCAUGAACACAGCAGGUUUUGUAACUAUUUGGCUAUUGUACCAAUAUACCAAAGUGGUGCAUUUGACAUUGAAGCUGUCGAGGUUUGGCAGGCAGAUUGCAAGGAAUGGAGGGGUAUGAGAAAGGCAUAUGGAGCAGUAUGGGACAUGCCCAAUCCACCAAAAGGAUCACUCUCUUUCAGGAUUCAAGUCAGCCUUAAUGGGGAGGCAGCCAACUGGGUGAAAUUGGAUGAUGUUCUUCCUGAUGAAUGGAAGGCUGGCAUUGCUUAUGACACCUACCUUCUACUAGACUAAUUAAAUAAUUAGGCAGCUGCCUUCCUCUGUUUUUUUUUUACUUCUUACAAUAUGUUUAUUUCCUCUGUUGUACAAUGUCAUGUGCUUUGCAAUGUCCUUUUUAAGUGUUUUAUCUAAAGAUUCAUCAAAUAAAUCAUACAAGAUUUUAAGUAAAAUUGUAAUGUUGUAGGGUCUGCAUUAUAUAUGGUAUAUUGUGUUUGAUAUAUAAAUAAAUAGACAUAAUUUUGUGAU